GGCCUUCCGGUGACAAGGCCGCUGCUGGCUACUUCUCCCUCCGGUCCGGUGCCCACCCGCUGGAGCCGAGGGACGCGGCCGACGGCCCGCCUGCCCCCCAACCCCCGGCUGCUGCCGGCACCCCAGCCCCGGUACCCAGCCGGCCUCCUGGAGGGUGAGGCCCGCCGGCUGAGGCCUCCUCCCUUCCCGCCAGCCCGACGGCUUCGAGGCGGUGCGCCCGGAGGGAGCUGGAAGGGAGUGAGGCCCUAAGGCCCCUCCGCCGAGCCAACCUUCCCAUGGAGGAUGCUGGCAAGGACGCCACCAGAUUCACUGCCCGUUCUCUGCCCGGUGACCCCCGGCUCUUGGCCACCGUGACCAAUGCCUACUUGGGCACACGCGUGUACCAUGAGACACUGCAUGUGAGCGGCGUGUACAAUGGGGCUCGGGGGGAUACGCACCGGGCCAUUCUGCCCAGUCCCCUCAAUGUCCAGCUGGAGGCCCCUGCAGGAUCAGGAGAGCAGCUGACCAACACCUUCGUCCUGGACACUAACACAGGCUCCUUUCUGCACACCCUGGAGGGCCCCAGCUUCCGGGCCUCCCAGCGCAUCUACGCCCACCGCACACUGCCUCACGUCCUGGCCUGCAGCGUGUCCAUCACCCGCUUGGCCACAGGGAGCUGGCCCAUCACUGUGCUGCUGCAGUCAGCCUUCUCCCCAGAGAGCCCGGACCUGGACCUGCAUCUGGGUCCUGACUUCCAGGGAGCCCGGUACCUGUACGGCCACACACUCACCCCCGAGCAGCCUGGGGGGGCACAGCAGGAGGUGCACAUGCUGUGGACGCCCGUGCCCCCAGCCUUGACCCUUGGGGAAGGGGAGGAGGAUGGGACGUGGGAGUUCCUGACGGUGGUGGGUGGCAGCCAGGCCGAAGCCCAGGCCUGCCUCGCCGACGCCCUGCAGCUGCAGGCCAGGCGCACUCUCUACGCGGCCCACGCGCAGGCCUGGGCCCAGCUCUGGGCAGGCUGUGGCCUGGAUGUGGAGGGGCCCCUGCGUCUGCGCCAGGCCCUGCGUGGAGCUCUCUACUACCUGCUCAGUGCCCUGCCCCAGCCCGGGGCCCCAGAAUACGUCUGCCACGGCCUCAGCCCAGGGGGCCUCUCCAACGGGAGCCGUGAGGAAUGCUACUGGGGCCACGUCUUCUGGGACCAGGACCUCUGGAUGUUCCCCAGCGUCCUGAUGUUGCACCCCGAGGCUGCCAGGGCUCUCCUGCAGUACCGCAUCCGGACGCUCAGCGGGGCCCUGUACAACGCCCAGAACCUAGGCUACCAGGGAGCCAAGUUUGCCUGGGAGAGCGCGGGCUCCGGCCUGGAGGUCUGCCCUGAGGCCAUUUAUGGGACCCAGGAGAUCCACAUCAACGGGGCCGUGGUGCUGGCCUUCCGUCUGUACUACCACGCCACCCAGGACUUGCAGCUCUUCCGAGAGGCUGGGGGCUGGGAUGUGGUCCGUGCCGUGGCUGAGUUUUGGUGCAGCCGUGUGGAGUGGAGCCCUGAGGAGGAGAAGUUCCACCUGAAGGGAGUCAUGCCCCCUGACGAAUACCAUUCAGGGGUCAACAACUCCGUGUACACCAACGUCCUGGUCCAGAACAGCCUGCGCUUUGCUGCUGCCCUGGCGCAGGACCUGGGUCAGCCCGUCCCCAGCCAGUGGCUGGUGGUGGCUGAUAAGAUCAAGGUGCCCUUUGACCCGAAACUGAACUUCCACCCUGAGUUUGAUGGGUACCAGCCUGGAGAGGAGGUGAAGCAGGCAGAUGUUGUGCUCCUGGGGUUCCCCGUCCCCUUCCCCCUGAGUCCUCAAGUUCGCAGGCGAAACCUGGAGAUGUAUGAGGCUGUGACGUCCGCCCACGGCCCUGCCAUGACUUGGAGCAUGUUUGCAGUGGGCUGGAUGGAGCUGAAGGACCCCGGGCGGGCGUGGGACCUCCUGGAGAGGAGCUUCGCCAACGUCACGGAGCCCUUCAAGGUGUGGACGGAGAAUGCAGACAGGUCGGGUGCCGUGAACUUCCUGACAGGCAUGGGGGGCUUCCUGCAGGCGGUGCUCUUUGGGGUCACGGGGUUCAGGAUCACCGAGGCCGGUUUGACCUUCGACCCCAUGUGUCCCACGGGGGUCUCCGGAGUGUGCGUCUCUGGCAUCUCCUACCAUGGGAGCAAGCUUGACUUUUCCUUCUCCGAGGGCUCUGUGACAGUUGAGGUCACUGCCCGGGCAGGGCCCUGGGCCCCCCUGCUGGAGGCUGAGCUGUGGCCAUCACAGGUUCGGCUCCCCCUGUCCCCAGGACACAAGGUCUCCUUUCCCUGCUCAGCUGGCCGGAUACAAAGGUCACACCUGUAGGAAGCAGGGGCAGCAAGUUCUGCUCCAGGAGUUUCCUGGGAAGAUUUUUUGAAGACGUUAAACAUCUGUGCAGAGCCCACAGGACCCCCUCUGGGACAUCCUUGGGCCCUCCAGCCCCGCCGAGUCCCCCCCACCCUGGCCCAGUCCUGCCCCCUCCCCCAAAACGACCAGGGCUAUUGCCUUCAGGGAUGUCUUUCAGGUCCUCCUCCCUGGCCACUCCCUCUGCAGGUGCCCCCGAAAGCUGCACCCACCCCUCCUCAACGCCCUCCCAGCCUGCCGCCCCCUCCCACCCUCCUCCACGUGGCAGCCAGGCUCACGGGUUCCAAGGAAAGUCUGGAUUCUGUGGCCUAAGUUCAAGACUCUGCCUCUAGCCUGAGCCCCUCCCCAGCCUAACCCCCCCCGGAUGGGCAGCUUUCCUGCACCCUCACACAGCAUGUCUGCUCCCGCCCUCCCUCAGUGCCCCUUCCCUAGGACCCCGCAGGGUGAGGUGGGGGAAUGGCCAACGGUUCUGCGGAGAAGACAGAGGCAGAUGCCGGCCUUGAUGGGAGCACGGCAGGAUGAGGGGCGUGGGGGAGGCUCAGUCUCCUGUGGGAUUACUUGGGACACCGAGUCGCAGCUUCACCACAAAGGAACCUUCUGUGUCACACAAGGGAGCAUCAGGUAUGGCUGGGUCCAGGUGCUCUUGGGCUGUUGUGAGCACUCAGCAUCCUCAGUCCUUGGCUCCUCUGGCCUCUGGGCCACUUCAGUCAAGUUGGAUGGUCUCUGUCACAUGCCUUUCCGCAGCCAGGAAGGGAGGGGAGUGGGGUGUGGGGCAAGACCCUGCAUUUCCUCUGACCGGCCAGAAGGACUGGGGCCAAGUGUGCGUGAGUUCAAGGCCAUGGCCCUGGGCCCACUUGUCCUGGGCAGGCUGCCCUCAGCCGAGGCUCUGCCCACUGUGUCCUCCUGGGCUUCAGCCCCUCAGUUGGCACAGCAGACUUGGGUUUCCCCAGGGUGGGGCGAGAUGGUGUCUGCCAUGGAAGUCCUGGCGAGGGCCAAGCCUGCUGCACCAGACCUGCCUGAGGAACGGGCAAGCUUUGUCUGCUGUGAGGAGCUGACGAGCUCCCUCCUGAACGUGAGGAUUUCGUAAAGGAUCAAGUUUCCCUUCCACGUGGCUGGGAAGCAGUCACGUGCUCGUGUAGAGCAAGUAAGCGGGUCCGUCACGUCUGCGCCCCUCCUUCAUCUGCAAACCGCUGCUCUCUGUUCUCAGUGGAGAGUUAGCCCGAGUUCUCCAAGAAGCGGACACCAGGCAGGCAAACUGCGAUGGACUGAAGCCCCGUGAGGGAGAGAGGGAGGGGGGUGGCUGCAGGGAGUGUGGCCGAGCUGCAGACCAGCUCCCUGAGGGCCUGUGGCCUCAGAAUGGAUCCAGCGACUUGGUGGGGCUCCCCCAGGGGCCCACAGGCUCUCGCUCAACCGGUGGCAGUGCCGCAAAGGCCCAGGCAGGUCUGCUGAAGCAGAGCAUGGUGGCCAGGGGCUGUCCCCAUGAAGCAGACACUUGCCUUUGCAGCCCUGGAGCCAGACGUGGGCACAGGCAUCAGGUGGGGGUGGUAGGUGGCCCUUCACCCACAGGACUGACGUAGCUUGAUACCUGCCGCGUGUGUGUGCCGUGUGUGUGUGUGUGUGUGCGUGCGUGUGCACACCCACCUGUGCCUGUGGAGGGGCAACCCUCCAAGGGGCCGUGACAGGGUGGCAGCAUGUGUGUGCUGGCCUGGCUGGUCCGGCCCAUGACAGCCAAUUGCCUGAACCUGACCAGGGUCCUUCAACCUGCCCAGGAGACGGGCUGGAAGGGUUGCUGGUGACCUUCCUCUGUGCCUGGCUUGACUGCAUAUUCUCUGUCCUCAGCAACUGGGCACGGGCUGGACAAUGUCUGCUCCCCUCACCAAAUGUGGAGACCAGAAGACCAUCCCCUGCUUGGAGACACGUACCUGGCUACACACAGGCUGACCCCUGCUCCCAGCCUCUGUGUCCAGCAUGGGUUGUUCCCUUCCUGGGCCAAACCUGGAGCUCAGUGUUGGAACGCCGUCUCCAUGGUAGUCCGAGCGCUGGCCUUGCCCUUAGUCCAGUGUAGGACCAGUGCCCAGGAAGGGGCGGUGCUGCAUCUCCAGGCCAGGCCCCGCCGGCCAGCACCACCUCUGCCUCAGGGGCUGGCUCAGAGCAGCGCACACUCAGCACGGGGCUGCGGCCCCGCCGGCCUGCAGCCGGCGCUCAUUUCUGCGGGCACGCUUUGGAGACAGCUGGACCAACCGCUGGCUGUCACAGGAGGGGGGCCACUCUGGGGGCUCCAAGUACAGCAGCUAGACAGAGACCCACGCCCCCAGCCCAGGCAGGGUGGGCAGGCAAAGGGAGGGAAGGGACCACGGGGGGGGUACUCGGAGCCCUGAGCCACCCUGUGGUUAAGGCCCCUGCAAUUAGCCUGCCCUGUCAUCGACCCGGCCACAGCAAGGCCCAGGGGCCCCACCCCCAGCCACACAGGGCGUGCGUGUGUCUCUGGCAGCCCCCACUCUGCCGGGGCUGCUGGGGGGUUACAUAAGGGAGGUAAACUGACGCGAGGCGCUCGGAAAAUGCCCUCGCCACCCCCCCCCACGUCUCCCUCUCUGUACGAUCAUGCGUGUGCGGAGGGUGCUCCUGUGCACGUGGGUGUGAUGGACGUGUGCACGGAUGAUGGUGUGACCGUGUCUGUGUCCAGCCCCACCGAUCCAGGAAGAAGGAAACCCACUGCUGGGACAGAGAUUGAUCAGAAUUAAAGGGACGCAGGGUCACAGGAACAGAGUGACCCAAAGAAGGAGGUCAACCCAGGCCCAGCCACGGACAGGAACGUGCAGAACAAGGGCAAGUCUCACUGGCCAGGGACUCCGCUUAACACGUGUGCACACACGCUGACCCGGGGAUGGGCAGACACGUGGACGCGGAGACGCACCACACGCAUUCUGAAAGACAGGCCGCUAAACCACAGAGCGGCAGAGAUCAAAGCCCGACUUCCCAAACUUCAUUCUAAAAUACUCGGACCCCUCCACCCAGAAGCCGCAGGCUGCCCAGUGCCUGAGCAAAGGGGAC